AUGAGUACCACACAAACAGAGACGAUCGAGCUAUCCACAAGAAUAUCAGAGAUCCCCGACAAUGGGGUGCAGGACUCAAGACCCCCCGAAGUCAAAUGGAUGUAUCCUAAAAUCCUCAGCGCAGGUGUAUCAUUCUUUGUCGCGGGUGUCAAUGACGGGAGUCUCGGGUCACUGAUUCCCUAUAUCAUCCGCACCUAUGGCAUCGGCACGAACAUGGUAGCCGUGCUUAAAACACUGACAAAGGCUAGCUACGGCACAACAUUUGGCGGGUGGCUCAUUGCCGCUUUGACUAACAGUUCAAUCACACGAUAUCUGGACCUAGGCCCAAUUCUGUGCGUAGGAGCCGCAAUUCAAGUCCUGGCACAUGUCCUCCGCGUCUGGGAACCGCCGUUCGCUCUAUACGUGGUGACGUUUUUCCUGGCGAGUCUUGGUCAGGCUUUCAAUGAUACACACGCCAAUACAUUUGUCUCUUCGUUGACUGGUGCACAUCGAUACCUUGGCUUCAUUCAUGCUAUGUAUAUGGCUGGGUGUCUGGUGGGACCGUUUGUCGCGACAGGAAUUGCAUCAGCGAAUACCGACUCGAUGUGGUAUGUUUUCUAUGCAUUCCCGCUUGGUGUGGGUGUUGUGAAUCUCGCGCUGCUAGGUGUUGCUUUUCGUGACCGUAUGGCUGCGCCGGCUGUCCUGAGGAGUGAGGGAGAGGAGGCUUUGUCACGAUCUGCUUGGAAGGAAAUUAAAGAUACGCUUUUUUCACCUGGCGUUUGGUUGGUUAGCUUGUUUUUCUUCUUCUUCCUCGGUGCCACGAUCACCGCUGGAGGCUGGAUGGUUGAAUAUCUUGUCAAGGUUCGGAACGGCGACGUUAAAGAGAUGGGAUAUGUUCCAGCAGGCUUUUUCGGUGGUGCAUUUUUGGGACGUUUGAUCCUCGCUGAACCAACCCAUAGGCUGGGCGAGCGACGUAUGAUCUUCAUAUAUGCGGUGCUAUGCGUGGGGCUGCAACUGGUGUUCUGGCUGGUCCCAAACAUCAUCACGGAAGCAGUAGCGGUCAGCUUGCUGGGCUUCUUUUCUGGUCCUUUCUUCGCAACAGGCAUAUCAGUCGGCACAAAGAUAUUCUCACCUGAAAUUCGCUCCUCGGCAAUUGGAGAUACAGCAUUUGUAUUUGUCCUCGGUCAAGUCGGCGGUUCCAUCUUUCCUGCUUUGACUGGUAUCAUCGCUGGGAAAGUAGGUGUCCAGGUCCUGCAACCCAUGCUUGUUGGGUUACUCGGGGCAGCCGGUUUGAGCUGGUUGAUCUUGCCCAAGGAUGCCGCAUUGCAUAGGGACUAG